GUUGGAUGAAGCGGGAGGACUCGUCUCUGCCUCCAGAGGUCAUUCUCACCACAACUGCCACUUGUUGCCAAGAGCAGUCUGGGGCUCCGGCGUUCAGACACACUUCAAGUAAAGCCCUCUUCUUCAGCCCGGGACCCAGAGAGGCCACCUGGAUGUUGACUGUGGGACGUUACCUGGACUGAAGAGAAGACUCCUCUAGAUCCUGUUGGUGACAUUUCAGCGCGUCUCACAGAGAGAAGCAUGGUCGACAACACAAGUAUAGCAACUAACUCUGCUCUGCAAGGCUCUUUCUCGUCCUCCAGCAGCCUUCCCCUCCAGGCUCCCUCCGCCUCCUCCCACUGCCCGUUCCCCGGCUCACAGUCUCACCAGCCCGGCGGCGGCGGCAUGAAGCUCGAGGCGGUCAUGGAAAACCUGCAGCGGCAACAGGCGGCGCGGCUGGCCCUGGAGGAGAAGCUCCGGCAAGCGGAGAAAGAGAAGGACCUCCGCUCCAUGGUGGAGACCCAGAUCCACCAGCAAGCCCUGGCUUUCCGCCAGUACCAGGCGGCGGUGCGCGGCGCCCUGGCCGCCGGAGUUAGCGGCUCGUCCCCGGGGUUGACGUUUUCUCACAUGGAGGUCCGCAGAUCCGAGGAGCGCGGCGGCUACACCCCGGGCAGCGGCGACAAGGAGCGGGGCGAGGAGGGAGACGACGCAGAGGAGCAGGAGAUCGUGGAUGAAGAGGAGGAGGAUGAGGUGGAGGAGGACGCGGACGCGGACGCGGACGCGGACGCCGUCGGGUUAAACCACUACCAGCACCGGCAACCCUCGGUGGCUUGUCUCUCUCCGAAGAGUGCCACAAUGAAUCUCAUGGCCAGAGUCCCGGCGGCCUUCGCCUCGGCCCGGCACGGAGAGUCUCCACCGGCGCACCCCCAGUCCCAGCACCACGAGUGGACCUAUGAGGAGCAGUUCAAGCAGUUGUACGAGCUGGACGACGAUGAAAAGCGCAAAGAGUUUCUUGAUGAUCUUUUCAGUUUCAUGCAGAAACGGGGGACUCCAGUGAAUCGGAUUCCUAUCAUGGCCAAGCAGGUGUUGGAUCUCUACAUGCUCUACAAGCUCGUCACAGAAAAAGGCGGCUUAGUGGAAGUCAUCAAUAAAAAAAUAUGGCGUGAGAUCACCAAAGGCCUUAACCUCCCUACCUCUAUUACCAGUGCAGCUUUCACUCUCCGAACACAAUAUAUGAAGUACCUCUACCCGUAUGAAUGUGAAAAGCGGGGACUGAGCUCCCCCGGCGAGCUCCAGGCAGCUAUCGACAGCAACCGGCGAGAAGGCCGCCGGCAGAGCUAUGGCUCUGCGCUCUUCAACUACUCUCCCGUGGGCACCCCCUCUCUCCUGUCCUCACCAAAGAUACAGACGUCCCACCUUCCCAUGUCCACUCACCACAGCGGCCACAUCUCUCAGGUGCCUGUGAUCAAGAAAGAAGAAUCCCUGAUGUCCAGCUGCCUUCCUGGUCGGAUGGGCAUCCCCUUGUCCCCCAGCACCCACCACGCUGCCGCUGUAGCCGCCCACGCAGCGGCGGCCCAAGCUGCAGCCGCGGCUCAGACGGCGGCGGCCGUCCAGGCCACGGCCCUGGAGCAGCUCAGAGAGAAGCUGGAGAGCAGCGAACCGCCGGAGAAGAAGAUGAUGAUGGUGGCCGAGGAGCAACAGAGGAUCAUGCAGCACGCCCUGCAGCAGAACCUGCUGGCCAUGGCCACCCAGCUUCCCCUCAACAUCAAACUCAACAACAGAGAUGAUAGACAAGAGACCGCAUUGAACCUGUCUACCAACGGCAUUAGCAGCAUCAACAUGUCAAUAGAAAUAAAUGGAGUUGUCUACACAGGCAUCCUGUUUGCUCGGCAGUCGGCCAUCGCAGGCAUAACUGGACAACGUGUGAAACACAGCAACUGUCAGACUCAGGGAAAGAGCAGUCCCACACACUUCCAGCCCUCCUGCUCCUCUUCCUCGUCGUCCUCGUCCUCGUCACUCCAUGGACACAGAUACUCCUCCCCUUGAGUUUGCUGUCCCGUCCCGCCUCUUACCGCCUCAGCUCCCCGUCCCACACCAGAUCCAUUCUCUUCUCAAAGACAGCCGGAGACAUGGCGGUCGGAUCAGCAGCAGUCGUGUUUGAACGAGACUUUCUCUACAUCAACUCUAUCAGAUUCCUUUAGGUCAGCAAACAAGACUGAAAAGCCGAAAACUACUCACAGCCAGUAAUUUGAUGAGAGAUCUGCCUGUCCCCGUGUUCCACUCUUCCUGCUCUGAAUUAACGUUGUGUUUGAGGACAUGUGCCCUUUUAUGUGUUGCCCUUCAUGUCCUCAAAGACAUCUGCUCAAUACAGAACAGUUCAAAUGUGGUCACCCGUCAACUUAAGGUGAACCUGAAUGAAGCCAAACAAAGAUUCCAUUUGAAUCGAAAGAUGUGGCGUUUGAGCAGUUUUUCUGUGGGGUUUGUAGGCUUUCUGACCAACCUCAGAAAUUCACUGUUUACAGGAGAUACCAAAGAAGAAAAGAAACCUACGCCGGUUCAACGUGCCUGGCGAUAAUGAUGAGCUUUAACGCCAGUCAUCCAAGCUGUAGAUGCUAGCAUGGACACAAAUAGACAAAGCACAUCAGAAGUGGGAAUCAUCAUGUGUUCUGUGGGAUGGCCGUCUAGACUGCUUAGCAGGUUGUUCUCAGCUGAUUCAGACUUUCCUCUGGACCGUUAGUGGUAUGGGGAUUUCUUUGUAGUCUAGUGUUGUGUCUUGAAGGUGUUCAUCUCAGUCCACUGCAAACGAGCAGCUGGUGUUAUAUUGUGAUCAGGCCCGUGGAACCAAGCACACUGUGUCCCAUUCGCAUGCCAUUCUGAACAUUAUCGUGGUUUGUUUGAAAGGGAUUCCCCAGAAUUUAGUUUUCAGCGUUUCUUUUGGGUAUACAAUGACUUAGAUGACCUUUGCGGACUUGUAAAGCAGAGUUGUAUAAUGACAAGCACCAAAAAUAUCAACACAAACAUGUAUUAAAGCCACAUUUGAUCCAGGGUCCUUCAACACAUCAGGACCUCAAAAUUGGGCGCUACAGUAGCCUACGUCACCCUAGCCUUGUGGCCUAAAUCUGGAGGAAAAAGCUGAUAGGGUUGCAGGAUUUAUUUUUCUUCAUGAGGUUUCGGUUGCGUAUUGCAUUUGGGACACAACAUUCAAAAAAAACAAAAAAUCUUCCCACAGAGAUGAAUUUGGGCCACAUGUAUUAGCUUUAAGUAUGUAAACUAGUGUUCAUAUGAUAUGUACUGCUGACCAGAUAAUUAGCUGAAAAGAGAAUUAUUAUCAUGUAUCAGUGAUGAAAUAUUCUGUUUCUAGCUACUAGCUGCUCAGUAACUAAUCAAACCAGCCAUGGUGUUUAUGUAAAAAUGCAAAGAGUUGUUCAGAGCUCUUUGGACACAUACUUUUUUUGCCCCUUGUGAUCACAAAAUCAGUUCCACUUGAUGACAUGAGAUAAUCUCAUCCCAGCAUCAAUUGUUUGUUCAGUUUAGAUCACAAAGUAUAUUACAACCAAUGUUGUUAGAAAAUUCACAGGAGUACAUUUCUAAAAUGAGUGGUGACAAGUGUUGCUCCAGGCCAGUCACUUUCCUCAUUCAUUUAGGUAAAUACUGCAGUCAGCAUGAUUGCUGCACUCUGUCGAUUGUGGUCAGAAACACUUACAAAAUCUCUGUCGAGGCCAAGUGCGGUCGGGCUGCAGUGUGUGAGACAGCGUUGUCCUUCAACGCAGUCCUCCACAGCACACACCGACAAAAGCCAGAACCACCAUGUGGAAAAUAUUGGUGUAACACAAGAAGCAGAAGACUUGUAGUGAUAGUGGACGAAGAGAGCCAGCAGGCGGCAGGGGACAGUAGAACAGGGCGCAGUCAUCAGUCAACCAGAGGUUUUAUACUUCAACUAGAAUCCAAGUUUGUGUAUUAGUAAUGCACUUGUGUUUAGCAUCUAACAACCUCUCCUACUUUCAUUUUUCUUUUCUCUGCUUUCAGAAAGAUAUAUAUUUUCUUUAUUUUGAAAGGGAAACGGGAACCAGUUUGGAGGUAUGGGUUUCUAACGUGUCUGUUAAAGCAUUUAGCCGCAGAUUUUAUUUAUUGUGUUUUAUAUUUGAUCCUGCAAACUCUGCAUUCAGCUCCACCGCUUCGGCGAGAGUCACCUUGAGAGCAGAUUCCUCACCGACCUGCUUGUAUACAUGGCAUGUAGAGUGAAAUAUGAAUACAAAAUAUACCUCAUGAAUUUCUUUUAUUUUUAUUGUGCAUCCACUUGAAAUCAAUGUUUUACUGCAACGGAUCACUGGAUUAUUUUUUUUCUUUUUCAUAUUUUGUAUGAUUAUACCAAAGAAGGGAAUAUUUUAUUGACACACAUCUACCUCAUUUGUUAUAGACUGUGCCAAUAAGCAUGUCCACAAUCUUAUUCGCCAGUGUGCUCAUGAUGCUUCAUAUCCAUGUAUUUUGCGAGCACAAAAUACUUUCCAGUAAAAAAGAGGGAUAAAAGCAAAACAGCAAACAGUGGAUUAUACUAAAGAAUGAAGCAAUGCGUUCAAAGUGCUUUUUACAUUGGGUGUUUUGCCAGCGCGACACCAAAUGCCUUUUGUGGGACAGAGCAGAAGGGAUGGAUGUCAUGAAAUCACAAACACAAAGAGGAAGAAAAGCACCUUGAAACUAUGAAGGGCCCUCAUGUUCUGUUUGUGUGUGGGCCCUGAGGACGGUGGGAUCAGUCUUAGGGCUGGACACGUCCUGCCAUGAAGGAAGUUUGAUUUAAAGCAACCGAUCACAUAAGGUUAAGAGAGCAGAGAAAUCAAUGAACGGGCAAAUCGAUGGACCAGCUGAUAUUCUUGUGUACUGUUUAUCAUAUUGGUUGAAGUAACAAGAUGUGAAAGAUGUGUUUGAGCAGAAAAAUCAGAAUGUCAGUUCAUGAUAUUCAGUCUGUUAAUCGUCUGGGCUUGGUUGUACCAGCUCGACGUAAGAAAGUUAAGGUGCAUUCACACUAUGGGCAUCAAAAGCUGGUGUUCUGUCAGUGGGGAGUGUCACCCCAGAGUCUGCUGAUGUCAUAGAAGCUUGGGUUUGGUUCAGACAUUGACUGUAAAUACAACGCUGGCGAAGCAAACACUUGAUACGUCAGUGGAGCAACAACUCUUGGAGCUUUCACGUCACACGUCUCGUGUUCAUCAUGUUGACUCUUCACAUUACCGUCUUUGACUGAAAAUUAGUUCUAGCUUGUCACUCCCUCGCUGAUAGUGUGAAUGCACCGUAAGCCCUACGUUGAGUUCAGGUUCAUCGCAGUGACAGUUACCAUGGCUGUCAUAUUGCUAUGGUUAAUUACCUUAUCUUAAAAGACUUGGCCAAAAAAUAGAUUAAUAUACGACUACCAAGCCUGAGUAAUAAAUACUUUUGUCCAAAAUAAGCCUCAAUCGCAUCGUACACAAUCUGAACCCUUUCUGAAAAGUGCUAUCUACCAUAUAUGGUUGAGAGUUUCCACUUUACACCUUGCUCUGUCUAGGAGUAAGAUUUAGCCUCUAGACGGUGCAGCAGGUUUUAACUCCUGUAAAGUGUGUUUACGCCCAGCCUACUGUUACUGUCCGGUGUACGAGCAGCUGAUGAAACCGGCCGUUGUUCCACAGCUUGUUCCAAACAUUUAAACACUGGCCACAUUUGCAACGGAUCUGCUCAGGUCCAUGACCCUAUCUGAGACAUUGCUUGCCGAAAGUAAAUCGGCAGGCAAUUUAAAUUCUUGAGAGAAAGCAAACAUUUGGAACUUUGAUCCACUCCGCUGAUAAAGCACUGUAUGCUUUUGUCUGUCUUCCUCACUGUACAAGAUUCUUCACGCAGACUGUUCACAGCUGACGAUUUAAAAUGCUACCAGUUCAGUUUCAUGAUGACAGUGUAGUGCUGCAGGCUAAUUAGUGGUGAUGAAACUAAUAAUAUAUUGUGUGACUGUAUGUAUAUAGAUGGUGAUGUUGAAAUUGUACAAACACAGUUGUGCAGCAGAGGACAAUCCUCAGCCAAUACGAAGAGCUGACUCUGACGUCAGCCGUGUUGUUAACGGUGGUUGUGCUUUAUAAUUCUUGUGUUUACUUGAAAUGUGUUCUUUAGCAAUCAGACAGAUGUGCAGGUUGAUCCAGCAAAGGUCUUAUACACACUCUUGAUGUUGUAUCCUUGAAAAAAAACGUUUAAUAUUAAGAGAUUUUUCAUAGUAGCUGGACUAGAGAGAUCUCCCUAAUCUGAAAGCUGUGGAGCGUAGCUUCAGCCACGGUGAUGUUCAUAUGGUCCCCUACUAAGACCUCAGAUAGCAUCCUUAUUAUCUUUGUCAGAAGCAUGCACACGUUUCUCCUACCUUCGAAGAGCUGUAAAGUGGGAUUUGUUUUCAUGGAUACCAGUGGGGUGUUCAAUACAUUUUCCCCUCUAUGGACAUUAGAAUCUCCCUGGGACAGUAUUCCAGUUUUUAACUAAGCACUUCUUUUAACCGUGACCAUAAUAUGAUUUAUGAUGGCAACGGGGGCAGCAGAAGUAUGUCACUGACUAAUAUGUGUUGUUUUGGCUGUAGUUUAGUUGGAAAAAGUUCCGCCCAACAGCAGCUCUUCAUUCUCCACAGCUACAACGUGUGCUGAUACGUGGGGGUUGUAGUCCUUAGAUCCAUCUGCCGUACUAAAACGUGAACAAAAAAAAGUUGAUUCAAAGUAAAGGGCACAGCUUGAUGAACACUGAGAUCAUGGAAAGAGAAUAGUUAUUUCUUCCACUUUACAAUUCUAUAGCAUAUUUUCUUUUAAAAAAAAAAAGGGAAGUCCUUUUUGAGUUGACAAGCAGCUGCGAAGUAAGAAAAAAACAUAAUGUACUUCUACUAUAGUAACGCUAUGAUUUCACAAUUCCAUUUCUUUGAAAGGGUAAAUUGUGUAUUUAUUUUUUUACACGAUUUUCAGAGGUGUGGAAUCGAGUCACACAACUUGGAUUCAACACAAUUUUCAUGACUUUAGGUGUACAAACCACUGGCUUGUGGCUACAUUUGGACUUGAUACUCCAUCAAGAUUAGAAAGCAUACCACAGUAUUUAAAAUGCACGUCACUAUUUUAUUGUAUAUUAUUAUUAUUACUUUUAAAAUAUGGACUUAACAUUCACAGCAAGCUGAGUUGGGGCUCAUUUUGUAAAACAAAACCAAAAAAAACAAACCAAAGUGAUACGUUCACAGUGCUCUUUAUGUCCAUUAAGAAUACAUUGGAAUUAUGACAGUAGUUAAAAGGAAAAAAAAGCUAUUUUUUACAUUUAUGGAACAAAUGUUUAUAUAUGCAAACAUGUCUCAAAUAGUUAGAAUUAAACAGUGAGCCAGUAGUGACAAAUAAAUCUUGCUAGGAUUUGGUACUUGACCCAGAAAAUGACUCGGUCCCACCUCUACUAAUUUUUUAUUUUUUUUUUGCCAUAAAUGUUCUGAAGGUGGUUGCCCACCACCCGGCUCGGAGAUAUGUUGACUUGUCACAGAAUAUCCUGAUUUAUGUCUUACAAGAAAACCAACCAUAGAUUGUAUAUAGAGGUGGGUAAAGUGUCUCCCAUGAAGCUUUGACAGAAGCUGUUCAGUUGGUGCUGGUUGUACAGUUUCCCUGCCUACAAUUUUUUUGCAGCAGAAAGUUAGUCUGGAAUUGGGCCAAUCAAAAAAUGGGAGUUAUUUAGAGUCUUUAAUCAUGUCUGUUGUAAAAAAAAAAAAAAAAAAAAACUGACAGCAAAAUAACUAAAGAACCAACAAUUAGCAUUUGUCUGUAAAACUGCGACAAUCCUUUACUUCAGCGUGACUCAUUUUGUUGAUUUGAAACAGAUCGUUAAAGUUACAGUCUUCACGAUUUCCUCCCCGAGGGCUACUGUCAAUCACUGCAGUCAUAAUGAUGUCAUUUCCUGUUUUAUAGCUUCAAAUGACUACUUAAAAUGGAAGUUAGAAGAAAAACAAUGUGGAGUCUGGUGUUGUAGUGGCUCAUGUCUGAUCCACUAACAUGGAGGGCACACGGAUUAUGACCUCAACUGCAACAAGACACCAGCCUGAAAUGCUUUGACUUUACUUUUACAAAGCUGUCAAUUUGUCCAUCUUCAUAUACAAUCUAUGAUUAAUACACCUGUUCUUUCGCUACUGUGAAAACUCAACAUAUAACACCUUAAAAAUCUCCAAAUCUCUAAUCUCGACCCUGGUCCAAAUCAGUGAGGACAGUGUUUUGUACUUCCAUGGUCCAGAUGUUCCUAAUAGGUCAGCCUUGUCUUUUCCCUCUACCUGUACAUACUGCUGAAUGAGGCCAAUCACCGAGCACUUCAGAUAGCUGUGAGGCCUCAGCGUUGAAUCACUGACAUUCUCCUGACCAAAGAGUUUCUUAAGCUGUGACUGCACUCACUUUAUUUUUAGGUUAUAAUCAACAGCAGAGCAAAGAGGAGGCAGCAGCUCUGCAUGCA